CGCCCCAAAAUCUGGAGCAUCGGAAGAAAGUGAAACUACGUUGCAGCUUCUCACGAUGAAGCUGCUGCCCGUGUUCCUCGCCGUAGGAGCAGUCAUUGUCAGCAGCGCCCUGGGAGCGAGGCGCCCUUCAGGAGGAGGAUACGGAGGCGGGGAUGUAUUCUUCAACCAGGUAGUAGCUACACCAGAGCCGGUAACAGAUUACGGAGAUGAGAAAGGGUAUACUGCUGGUGACCUUCCUUCACCCCCUCGUGGAGGACAUGACGCUUACUCACAAGAGUCUGAUGAUUAUGGAACUGGAAAGGGUGGUUAUGGUGGACCUAGCACCACGGGCCCCGGUUCCACUUAUGGUCCUGCUGGCACUGACUCAACAACGGGGCCAGGCUAUGGUAGCACGGGUUCGUCUGGACCAUCAGCGCCUUAUCAGCCAGCCGGUCCAUCUGAGCCAUAUAGGCCUUCCGCUCCAUCAGGACCUUCAAGGCCAUUUGCACCUUCGGUUUCGCACGGCCCGUCAGCGCCAUCCAGGCCUUCCAGGCCAUCCCCGCAAUACGGCCCUGAGGCGUCAGGACCUUCAGGACCAUCUGGACCAUCUGAGCCAUACAGGCCUAGCGUGCCAUCUCGACCACAAGGCCCAUCCGGACCAUCUGAACCAUACAGGCCUAGUGUGCCAUCUCGACCACACGGUCCUUCUGGACCAUCUGAACCAUACGGGCCUAGUGUGCCAUCUCGACCACAUGGUCCAUCUGGACCAUCUGCGCCGGCUAGACCUUCAAGGCCAUCUCCUCAAUAUGGACCACAGGAAUCAAGCGGUCCGUCUGGUCCCUCAGGACCUUCCGGACCUUUUGGCCCUGCUGGACCAUCAGGGCCAUCCGGACCUUACGGGCCCUCUGGGCCAUCAGGACCUUCUGGACCUUUCGGCCCUGCUGGACCAUCAGGACCUUCCGGACCUUACGGGCCCUCUGGGCCAUCAGGACCUUCCGGACCUUACGGGCCCUCUGGGCCAUCAGGACCAUCAGGACCUUCCGGACCUUACGGGCCCUCUGGGCCAUCAGGACCUUCCGGACCUUACGGGCCCUCUGGGCCAUCAGGACCUUCCGGACCUUACGGGCCGUCUGGGCCAUCAGGACCUUCCGGACCUUACGGCCCCUCUGGACCAUCUGGACCUUCUGGACCAUUCGGUCCAUCUACUUCCUUCGGCCCAACUGUACCUUCAGGUCCAUCUGAACCAUUUGCUGCUCCAAGACCCACUGGACCCUCAGGGCCAUCUGGACAACCGGCACCUGGUGGACAUGAUGAUGGCCAGUAUCAUGACGACGGACAAUACCAUGGGGAUGAUGGACAGGUAUGGCCAGCCAUUCGUGGAACUCCUGGACAAGACUACCCUGUCUACAGCUCCGUACCUUCGACUGGAUUCUCUUGCAAGGGCCAACCUUAUCCUGGUUACUACGGCGACGUCGAUGCACAGUGUCAGGUAUUUCACAUCUGCCAGGAGGACGGCAGACAGGAUGCUUUCCUCUGUCCCAAUGGUACAGUGUUCAACCAAAAAUAUUUCGUCUGUGAUUGGUGGUACAACUACGACUGCAACGAGACCCCUGGACUCUACGAACUUAACGCCAAUCUCUACAUCGUACCUGAGGGCGGAUAUCAAGGAGGUCAAGGCGGCAGCUCUGCAGGACCAACCGCCGGAUUCGGCGGAGGACGGCAACAAGGAUUCGGCGGUGGACGUCAACAAGGGGGAUUUGGUGGCAGCACUGUCGGCCCUACCGGAGGUCAAGGUGGCUUUGGACAAACCGCUACACAAGGAGGAUACGAGCCAACUACCGGAGGUCCAGGAAGGACUCAAGGAGGUUUCGGCCGUCCAUCUACUGGUGGACCAUCAACAGGUGGCCAUGGUGACUUUGGUGGACCAACGACAGGGGGAGCAUCUACAGGAGCCUAUGAUAGACCCAGAGGUUUCGAUGACGGGUCUCAAACAGGACGGCCCGGUAGCACUGGCAAACCUUCUGACGGAUACGGAACCGGUACAACUGGAGGCUAUGGCCAAACUCAAACCAGCGGUGAAUACGUAGGCACAACCGGUCCAGGAUUCAGUGGUCAAACAGACAGCGGAUACGGAAGCACAGGCACAACUGACUUUGGUGGGCAGACCGACAGUGGUUUUGGUACAACUACCAAGCCUGCGCCUGGCAGGCAUAGUGGGGGGAGGUCGCGCGGUUCAAGCUAUGGCGGUCCCUCUGGCGGCGGUGAAACUUCCGGCGACUACUCCACGGGUGAGGAUUACAGCACAGGUGAAGGAAAGACCACGGAUAGCGGAUAUGGCAGCACAGGGCCAUCGACAACUACGAGAGAUCUCCCAUCACCUUACGGGAGCACUGGUGCUGACUCCGACAAAGGCCAGACCAAAUACCCGAGUUACUAUUGAGACUUUGCUAAAGCAUUUGUGAUUGUGUAAAAUACUCCGUGUGUGAUGGUGUUGAGUUCAACGUGUGUGCGUGUGUGUCACUCUUUUGAAAUUUUGCAUCUUUCAGUCGUGUAUGCUUGUGAUCAUUGUGAGCAGGUUUACUUUUUUGCCUUCCAUACAUUAGAAUGUUAAGUUACAAUAAAGUUUGUUUCUGUUAC